ACCACGAGCUGUUCCUGGUCUAUGGGAAAGGACGCCCAGGUAUCAUUCGUGGGAUGGACAUGAAUGCGAAGGUGCCAGACGAGUACAUGAUUCCCAUCGAGAACCUCAUCAACCCCAGGGCCUUGGACUUCCACGCCGAGACCGGCUACAUCUACUUCGCCGACACCACCAGCUACCUCAUUGGAGGCAGAAGAUUGACGGCACAGAGCGCGAGACCAUCCUCAAAUCAGGCCUGAACAACGUGGAGGGGAUCGCAGUCGACUGGAUGGCGAACAAUCUGUACUGGACGGACGAUGGGCCUAAGAAGACCAUCAGCGUCGCUCGCCUGGAGAAGGCGUCGCAGACCCGGAAGACCCUCAUUCAGGGCAAGAUGACCCACCCCCGAGCUAUCGUGGUGGACCCUCUUCAUGGGUGGCUGUAUUGGACGGACUGGGAGGAGGAUCCCAAGGAGACGCGGAGGGGAAAGAUCGAGAGGGCUUGGAUGGAUGGAACCAACCGAAGCAUCUUCGUCACCUCAAAGACCAUCCUGUGGCCUAACGGCCUGAGCCUGGACGUCCAGAACAACAUCCUCUACUGGUGUGAGGCCUACUACGAUCGAAUAGAACGGAUCUUUCUUAAUGGCACAGACCGCAGGACAGUGUACGAACGAGGUGAGAUCAGCCACCCUUUCGGGUUUACACACUACGGUAACUACCUGUUCUGGACUGAGUACAGGAGCGGCAACAUCUAUCGUUUCGAUCAGGUCUCCAGAAUUGUGACGCUGCUGCGAAGCGAGAGGCCCCCUACCUUCGAGAUCCGCAUGUACGACGCACAGCAGCAGCAAGGAACCAAUGCCUGCCGAGUGAACAACGGUGGCUGCAGCAGUCUGUGCCUGGCCACUCCUGUGGGCCGGUCCUGCGCCUGUGCAGAAGACCAGCUUCUGGAUAAAGACAAUGUCACCUGCAGGGCCAAUCCUGCCUACACCCCUCCUCCUCUCUGCCAGCUCGGCGAGUUUGCGUGUAAGAACGGUCGGUGUAUUCAGGAUCGAUGGAAAUGUGACGGUGAUAAUGACUGCUUGGACAACAGCGAUGAGUUGCCAGAGAUCUGCCACCAGCACACGUGCCCAACCGAUCGGUUCAAGUGUGAGAGUAAUCGCUGCAUUCCCGUUCGGUGGUUGUGUGAUGGUGAUAAUGACUGUGGCAAUGGGGAGGAUGAAUCUAAUGUCACCUGCUCAGCUCGGACCUGCCCUCCCAACCAGUUCUCAUGUUCCAACGGAAGUGGAGAUAGAUCAGACGAACCAGCUUCCUGUGCCUACCCGACCUGCUUCCCCCUGACCCAGUUUACCUGCAACAAUGGCCGGUGCAUCAACAUGAAUUGGCGCUGCGAUGCUGACAAUGACUGUGGGGAUGGCAGCGAUGAAGAUGGCUGUACACACUCCUGCUCAAGCGCCCAGUUUAAGUGUAACAGCGGACGCUGUAUCCCUGAGCAUUGGACCUGUGACGGUGACAAUGACUGUGGGGACUACAGCGAUGAGACCAACGCUAACUGUACCAACCAGGCGACCAGGCCCCCAGGCGGCUGCCACACAGACGAGUUUCAGUGCCGAAUGGACGGCCUGUGCAUCCCCAUGCGUUGGCGCUGUGACGGUGACACCGACUGCGUGGAUUCGAGCGACGAGAGGACCUGCGAGGGGGUCACCCACGUCUGUGACCCCAACAUCAAGUUCGGCUGCAAAGACUCAGGCCGCUGUAUCAGUAAGACGUGGGUGUGUGACGGAGACAAUGAUUGCGACGAUAACUCCGAUGAGGAGAACUGCGAGUCGCUGGUCUGCAAACCACCGUCUCACUCGUGUGCCAAGAAUUCCUCUGUCUGCCUCCCUCCAGAGAAACUCUGUGAUGGAAACGAUGACUGUGCUGAUGGGUCUGACGAGGGAGAACUCUGUGAUCAGUGCUCGCUCAACAACGGUGGAUGUAGCCACAACUGCUCGGUGACCCCAGGGGAGGGCAUCGUCUGCUCCUGCCCCAUCGGCAUGGAGCUGAAGGGUGACCAGAAGACCUGCCAGGUCCACAGCUACUGUGCGAAACACCUGAAGUGCAGUCAGCGCUGUGAGCAGCUCAAGACGACCGUGAAGUGCUCCUGCUAUGAGGGCUGGGCUAUGAUGCCGGACGGCAGGGAGUUGUUCCAGCCUGGCACCCCGCUCCCUCGGACCGGUCCCUCCGGCACCCCCCGCUCCCUGUCCCACCGGUGCUUCCUCGGACCCGUCCCGGCGGCGCCCCGCUCCCUCGGCGCUGUUGUCAGGCUCGACCCUUUCAAGCCGUUUAUUAUCUUCUCGAACCGCCACGAGAUUCGCCGGAUUGACCUGCAGAAGGGGGAUUACAGUGUCCUGGUACCCGGUCUGAGGAACACCAUCGCUCUGGACUUUCACCUUAAUCACAGCUCCCUGUACUGGACUGACGUCGUGGAGGAUAAGAUCUACCGGGGGAAGCUAUCAGAGAGUGGAGCCCUCAGCAGUGUCGAGGCGGUUGUUCAAUAUGGCCUGGCCACUCCUGAGGGCCUGGCGGUGGACUGGAUCGCGGGGAACAUUUACUGGGUGGAGAGUAACCUGGACCAGAUUGAAGUCGCUAAGCUGGAUGGGAGCAUGAGGAGCACCCUGAUCGCGGGAGACAUCGAACAUCCGCGUGCCAUCGCCCUCGAUCCACGGGACGGGAUCCUGUUCUGGACAGACUGGGAUGCGACCCUGCCCCGGAUCGAAGCCGCCUCCAUGAGCGGGGUUGGAAGGCGGACCAUUCACCAGGAGCUAGGAGCGGGCGGCUGGCCAAACGGCCUCACGGUCGAUUACCUCGAAAGGCGCAUCCUCUGGAUUGAUGCCAGGUCCGAUGCCAUUUACUCUGCGCUGUACGAUGGGAGCAGCCUUAUCGAGGUGCUGAGGGGCCACGAGUACCUCUCUCACCCGUUUGCGGUCACCCUGUACGGGGGCGAGGUCUUCUGGACAGACUGGAGGACCAACACUGUCGCCAAGGCCAAUAAAUGGACGGGGCAGAACACCACAGUGGUUCAGCGUACCAACACCCAGCCCUUCGACUUGCAGGUCUACCACCCGUCACGGCAGCCCCAAGCUCCAAAUCCGUGCGCCGCGAACGGUGGCAGAGGUCCCUGUUCCCACCUCUGCCUGAUAAACUACAACGCCACCGCAUCAUGUACCUGCCCCCACCUCAUGAAGCUGGCCAAAGAUAACAAGACUUGCUUUGAGUUCCGAAAAUUCCUGCUGUACGCCCGGCAGAUGGAGAUUCGAGGGGUGGACAUCGAUAACCCGUACUAUAACUUUAUCAUCUCAUUCACUGUCCCCGAUAUCGAUAACGUCACUGUGGUGGACUACGACUCUGUGGAGAGGCGCAUCUACUGGUCAGAUGUCCGAACGCAAACCAUAAAACGUGCUUUUAUCAACGGCACUGGUGUGGAGACUGUGGUUUCAGCAGACCUGCCCAAUGCCCACGGUUUGGCCGUUGACUGGGUCUCCCGGAACCUGUUCUGGACCAGCUAUGACAUGAACAAGAAGCAGAUCAGCGUGGCACGCCUCGAUGGCUCCUUCAAGAACGCAGUGAUCCAGGGGCUCUCGGAACCGCACUGCCUGGUCCUGCAUCCCUUGCUGGG